GCUGCCGUUGCGAAGGCGGAAGCGUUGUAUUUACAUGUAGCGGAAGGGGAGCACGGCUGUGGUACGGGGUGACGCUUACGGUGUUACGAUGGUGUUUGGACUAAAACCUGUGUGUGAAAAAUGUGGCACGAAAGAAACGAAUCUCUGGCACAAGGACGAAAAUGAUCAGAUAGUGUGCAGCGAGUGCCAGGCUAGUGCCGUGUGCCUGCAGCCCCGGGCGCCUCCUAGGGCAUCUCGGAGUCGUGAUGAGGACGACCACGAAACGGCCCGGGACGAGGACAGGGUGGAUCAAGACGACCAUAAGGAUGCAGACUCCAGUAAUGGUAAUGGUGGUAAGGACGACGACCAGGACGGUGAUAAGGACAAGGACUCAGGCCGAAGCUCGGAUAAGAGAGAGACCAAACGAAGGACGCGCAAGGGACGGCAAGGCGGGAAAGGCAGUGUACCCAAGGGCAAAGGACGACGGUAUAUAUUUAAGAAGAGUGCCACAAAAGCUCCAGCUGCAGUAGCCACUCCUGUCACAUCAGAAUAUCUCUUUUGCAAGGGAUUGUAUUAUCAGAUUGGUGACAUUGUCUCCUUAAUUGAUGUUGAUGGUGGAAUGUACUAUGCCCAAAUAAGGGGACUGCUACAGGACCAGUAUUGUGAGAAGAGUGCUGUACUAACAUGGCUUCUUCCUACCAAAGCUUCCCCACCUCCUGAACAAGGCUUCGAUCCAUCUACUUAUAUAAUAGGUCCUGAGGAAGACAUUCCACGUAAGCUGGAGUAUAUGGAAUUUGAACGUCAUGCUCCAUCAGAUUACUUUAAGGAUCGCACUUCACCUUACUCUACGAUGACUUACCGGCCACAGUCCUGUUUUGUUUGGUCAAGACUUGGCCCUCAAAUUAAACCAAUUGAAAAAGCAAAGGAACUUAUGACCAAGUAAACAUUUAUUAUAUUUUAGUAUUUUGAAAGACUGAUAAGAUUACAUUUGAAAUUAUUAGCCAGAUGAAAUUUUGCAUGCUAAUAUGUAUUACUUUUUCAUUAAAACUGACCAUGUUGUUAAUGAGGAUCAGCAAUGAAACAUAAGAUUUCACUGCCACAUUAAUGCCAAAUAAAAAUGAUGGUAAUUA